CCCAUCUCCAUCAUCGACACCUGCAUUUGCAAUCAUCUCUCAAGCUUGUUUUAACAAGCUAUGCGCUUGGGAGGAUAAUCUGAUACAAGGCUUUGGUGUGAAGGCAGGCCUCUUACAGCCGCCUCCUCCAAAGGCCGAUUCCGAUUGAACUUGAAGCGAGAAGAAAGAAGAUCACCUGUGCGUGUUGUUUAGUUCCUCGGCCCGUCGCAACUAUGUCGCAUCACAGAUCGAGGUCCUCAUCGACCCCUUCUGAGGGUGAGAUCAUCGAACCAGGACCAGAGAUGAAGGCAACUGCGUCAAAACCUCCUUCUAAAGGCACCAGCGUUGACCGUCCCACCAGAGAUAGUCCACCCUCUGCGCCCUUGUCCCCGUCACUAGAUGGCCCAAGUUCGCCACGCCGCAGGAGGUCCCCAAGACCCCGAUCUCGCUCUCCAUACCGGGAUAACAGAAGUUCCAAGCGUCGACGUGACGAUGAUUACGAGUACGAGAGCCGAUACGAGAGCCGACACUCCCGGCCCGAGCCUUCGCGAAAUUACGGGUCUAGAUACGACGACAGGAACAGAGAUCGAUCUCCUCUCGGCCGGCGGCCGAAGUCCUACUAUGACUAUGACCGCGAUGACAGUUAUGGUGGGGGAUUGCGAUACAGUGAUGACCACGAUCGACGCGAAGACAAGCGGCCGCGCACCCGCAGCCGAUCCCCAUACCGUGAAACGAGAAAGCCCAAGAAGUAUUCAGGCGACGAGCUUGAUCAGAAGGUAGAUGGUGUUGUGCCUUCAGCGGACUCCGGAAGACACAGGCCCACCGAACAGGUAUUGAGCGAACGAGGGAAGGCUGCUGUCGCCCGCGAUUCUAAGCUUGGUGCUGAAACACGUGAGAAUCAGGAGCAGGCGUCUAAAUUGCAAGCCUCCGUGGCUGAUGAAGAGCACCACCGUAACCCCGAACCCGUGGAGUCGCGUCAAUCCGAGCCAGCCGACGAAGCCGCUGAGCUUGAAGCUCGCCGCAAACGUCGUGAGGCUAUCCGGGCCAAGUACCGAAGCCAGGCGACUCCUCUCCAUCUGAAAGCAGUGGAAAACAUCGGUGAGGGUGAGACUGAUACAUCUACGCCUGGCAGUGAGCCGACUAGUGCAAAGGAGGCGUCAGAUUCUCCCCUAGGAACUCCCCAGGAACGGCCGGUGGAUCUCCCCAAUUUCAACCUUGGAAAGGACGUUGAUUUGGCCAAUUCGAAGGUCCCUGUUAAUGCUGCCGAUGAGAAUGAACCCUCCGCUGCUGAUUAUGACCCAACUCUUGACAUGAAGGAAGAGAGAGAGAAACAUAGCAACGUGCAGAUCAACAAGGACGACGUUUCUUCUGCGGCCUAUGAUGAAACUAAAACAGCUAAACAGGAUGUUCUCAUCCCUGAUGCGAAAGAUGAUGCAUACGACAUGUUUGGAGACGACGAUGAUAUGUUCGCCGAAGACGGGCCCCCGGCACAUGCCUCAGCAAUGUCAGCUGUUCCUCAAGGCAAGGAGCUUGAUAUCAGUAUGAUGGAUAACUGGGACGACUCCGAGGGCUACUACAACGUCCGUCUUGGGGAGCUGAUCAACGGAAGAUAUCAUGUCACGCAAAACCUAGGCAAAGGAAUGUUCUCAGCCGUCGUACGUGCAACCGACACUAAGACGGGGAGUCUGGUCGCCGUCAAGAUCAUUCGUCAGAACGAGACGAUGCGCAAGGCCGGUAUGAAGGAGAUCGAAAUUCUGGAGCAGCUCACGGCGGCGGAUCCGGAACACAAGAAGCAUAUUAUCAAAUUCGAGCGACACUUUGAGCACAAGGGCCACUUGUGCAUGGUGUUUGAGAACCUUAGCAUGGAUCUACGUGAGAUCCUGAAGAAGUUUGGUCGAGACGUCGGUCUAAACCUGCGCGCGAUCCGGGCCUACGCUCAACAGAUUUUCCUCGGACUGAGUCUCCUCCGCAAGUGUAACAUCCUGCAUGCAGACCUCAAACCGGAUAACCUUCUUGUGAAUGAGCAACGCAACAUUCUGAAGGUUUGCGACCUGGGAUCGGCGUCUCCAGCCUCUGAAAAUGAGAUCACUCCUUACCUCGUCAGUCGGUUCUACCGUGCCCCGGAAAUCAUCCUGGGCAUCCCUUACGAUUUUGCCAUUGAUGUGUGGUCUAUCGGUUGUACCCUCUUUGAACUGUACACGGGCAAGAUUUUGUUUACCGGCCGAAACAACAACCAGAUGCUUCGCUCGAUCAUGGAAUGCCGGGGCAAAUACCCGCCGAAGCUUCUACGCCGCGGGUCUCUGACGCCCCAGCAUUUUGAUGAUAUGCUCAAUUUCCACAGCGUGGAGGAAGACAAGAUCACCGGGCGCCUGGUUACGAAGAUCGUGGACUUCAAGAAACCUACGCGUGACCUGAAGACCCGGCUGAUGAGCCAGGGAACGCGCGGAAUGUCCGACAUGGACGCUAAAGAUCUGACCCUGUUCAUAGACUUCCUCGACCGCUGCUUGAGUCUGAACCCCGAGAAACGAAUCACGCCCGCGGAUGCAUUGAAGCACCCGUUCCUGAUGCGCAAGGUGUAACGAAGUGGCAUGACGGAAGGGACCACAGUUUCAGCAUGGCAGCGACUGCCUGCUGACCAGGAUGCCCCAGCCUCCUGGACGGACCCUGUCCGGCCGGCAUAAGCAUAAUGUAAUCAAGAUAUCGGCGUUACAGAAGGAUGAUCGAGGGUUGGUUUACCCCUGUCAAUAUGCAUAACUACAAACAGUAUGUAACUUAGCAUCUCCAACCUCUGAAACCAAUCCAAGUCCAGAUCCAAACCAAACAUUCUCCCGCGGGCCAACAACCCCAGCCCCUGUCGCGCUGUGUUUAGAUGGACCUUGUCCUAUCUCACCUUACCGAGGGGGUGGCUUAAGAUCCAUCCAGUCCAACCCCUCAGACCCUACGUACGAAGCGCUGUGUAGCCUCACAACCUCCGUAGAACGUACGAGACAAAGAACAAACGAACAAGUCAAACCCACUACAUCAUAUCAUGCCAUACCAACUCGGUUCCCAAAACCCACAUCAGCCCCAGAACCCGAGAAAUAAGCAAGCCCCCUCUGCUUCUAGCCUCUUAACAUUGUAGUCUCUAGCUUCAACCUACACUAUACUAUCGAACCGACCCAAACUCUCGGUGGCAAUCUCUCACAAUAGACGAAGAAAGCCGACAGCUCCUACCAGAAAGAACAAAAAGAAAUGGUCCAUCAACUCUUCAGCCCGACCCAGACUGCCGGUAAAGAACAAAGAACACAAAACCUUCAAUCUUCUCGGAACAUAAGCUACCAUCCACUGUGGCUCUAGCUAGUGUUCUAGAUUUCUUUCAUCCCGAACUCUCUCGCUACCUCGGUUCCAUGGUUCUGAGAUGUGUGGUCUUUCUCAUUUUUGGGUGUGGGAGGAAGGUGCAUACUAACUACGUAAGUUAACUUUGUAAGUUUAAGUUAGCUAUGUAGGGUUUAUGUUAGGAGUUAGG